AUGUAUAAAUUCCCAUGUUUUAGAGAUAAAACUUGGAUGAAAGAAAAUGGGGCAAACAUGAAUUACCCAGAUGAAUUUUUUAACGUCGAUUUUUGUCCUGAUUUUUUAAAAAACUAUGAGCAUGUAGUUAAUUUCCAAGAAAAAAUUGAACAAAUCAUAAAACAAAUUAAAUCAGCACUAUUUCGCCAAGCUAUAUAUAAGAUACAAAACAUUGAAGUACUGGCGAUGAACGAGUGUAAAGAAGACAGAGUUUUGGAAAACAUCAAACCGAUGAUUGGAUAUGAAAAAUUCAAAAUAACAAGUAGUACAAUUUUACGUGAUGAAUUGUGGACAAUAAAAAGGUGUAACCAAAAUUUUUUAUAUUGGGUUCGUUAUUAUGAACAAGAUAAAAAUGGAUAUUCCCUAUCAAUUAUACCUAUGCAUAUAAAAAAUAUUUUUUAUUUUUUUAAGUAUUACUAUUUUUAA